UGCUUCCUGCAAGUUACUAGAGAGCAUCGUCUUGUGCAGUCCAAAGCAAUCGUUUCCUAAGCAUGUUCGUCCUCGCCUGUGUACUGUACCAAUAUUUGCUGUUUCUUCUGCUAGCAGAGGCAUCAGAUAUAGGCCCCACCGUUCAGACAAACUGCAGUUGCGGUGUGGAGAACUCUGUGGAAGGCUCUCGCAUCCUUGGAGGGCACGAGACCAGUCCGCCCCACAGAUUUCCCUGGAUGGUAGCCCUGAUUGAUGACGAUAACAAAUUGGUUGGAGGGGGAUCCCUCAUCGGAAGACAACACAUAUUGACAGCAGCACAUUGUUGCCUAGAGCGCCUCCGUGUCCUACUUGGUGGUCAUCGGAUGUCGACUCCUGGACCAGCCGUAGCGGUACGUUCCUGUGUGAGGCACCCAAAGUACGGUGGACCUGGCUCUACGUAUGAGCACGACAUUGCUGUGCUCGAGCUGGUUGAGCCCGUCACGUUCCACGACCUUGUUUCACCACUUUGUAUCGACCUUAGGCCGUAUCCAUUCCUUACAAAUGGGACAAUGCUUACUGCCAUUGGAUGGGGCCGUGUCAACGAGGUGAGCCAACCAAGCGACGUCCUGAGGGUGGCAAACGUUCCUUUGGUAGACCUCGAGGAAUGCAGGCGAAAGCUGAGCGACACGGUUGUCCCCAAGUCCAAUUUGUGCGCGGGCGGAAACGAGCAGGACACUUGCCAAGGCGAUAGUGGUGGGCCGCUUAUGUUCCACGAGCCCAUCACUCGUCAGUGGCUACAAGUAGGCAUAGUGUCAUGGGGCAUCGGUUGCGGACGUUUGGGUCUCCCUGCCAUUUACACCAGGGUAUCCGAAUACCUCCCGUUCGUAUGGAACGCCACGGAGGGUGAGCUCUGUAAAAAGGGUGACGACACCAGACAUAAACUGAAUGAGAGCUUUUCAAGACCUCUGCGCAAGCCCAAUCUACCUGAAUGUGGCAUCGCCAAUAGAUAUGGUCGAAUCGUUGGAGGAUCUCAAGUGUUUCCUAACAAGUUUCCUUGGCUGGCAGCCAUCUUGUUCCAGAACAACCUCACCGGUACCGGCAGCUACAUCGGCAACGGCUUCGUCCUGACUGCUGCAGGGGCGUUGGGCAAACAGUUGGCGAGUCACCUGGACAAAAUCAAUGUGCUCCUUGGGCAGCACGAUUGGAUGCAUCCCGAAGGCUUCAAGACUUCGUUUACCGUAAAGCACAUCGUGCAUCAUCCAGCCUUCGUGUCUGGUCCACAGUGGGACGCUGCCCUGCUCCAGCUAUAGACGGAAAACCUCCGCAGACAACCCAUCCGCCCUUGUUCCCUCGUCCCGUGUGUCUGCCACAGUCCUCAGAUGGUCUCCCGGUGGGAAGUAAAACGCUGGUCGCUGGCUGGGGAAAGGUAGAUCAAAAUGGCCCCCUGAGCCCGACACCGAACGAAGCGUACCUCUAUUCAGUAGACAAGAAGCAGUGCAGUGGCAUCUACGCCAACAGCACCAUGACUGGGCUAUUGUGUGCUACGGGCCCCAGCAGAGAUAUCUGCGAGGGAGACGCCGGAGCGCCGCUCGUCUGGUUUUCCCAGGGUCGUUAUUACAUCAUAGGUAUCGCUGCAGCCGGUCAUAGAAGUGGCUGCGGGAAUGGACCAGGAGUGUACGUCGAGGUGGUGCAUCUUCUUCGGUGGAUACACCAAGUCACCAAGCUACCCACAGCAUGAUCAGUUCUUGCACCUUCCAGUAUCCACGGCGGUUCCGUGCCAAAUGUGAUACAACUGCAGCUGGCUCUCCACAGGCCUCCAUGCACCUCGUACAAAUGUUUGGCGAUUUGGAGUUACACUUAAGAGUAGCACAAGACGGCACGCACUGUUGAAAAGCCACGCUUAACGUUGCCCUUUGCACCACUUUAUUUUGCAACCCAACGGACGCGGGUUUUGUAACGCAUAUGUAACAGAUAUCCCGCAUCGGUAAAUAAAACCGAGCACUACCCUCGA